AUGUCGACGGCAACCAAUGCUGAGCCAGAGGCUGCGGGCAACAGCCGGACGGAAGCAGCCGACGCUUCCGUCUCAGAGUCACAGCAGCUGCAGCGGAUGGAUCCCGAAGCGAUCUUGGCCGACGAGGCGAAUCCUGACGAAGUGCUAGGCCGAGGUUCUUCCACCGAUGCUGCUGCCCAGCGCCACUCCAACAGUCAAGACCACACUCGGGAGGACGAUGAAGCGACUGCUCUCAAGCGUGCCUCUGCCGCAUCAGCUAUCUUCAGCCACGAUCACUCAAACGCCAAUAGCAGCAGCUCUCGCCCACAGUCUCAGCUGCUCUCCACACCCGAUCAUGCCCAGAAUGGAGAGAGCGCACUCCCCGAAGCUUCCACGACGCAGGACGACGUCUCUGUCGAAGCCCUGCAAGCUCAGGUGAAAGACUUGACCAACCAAGUCACCGGCCUCAACGAGAAGCUCGUUCGAUCCUUCAACCGCAUUGCAGAUCUUGAAGACGACUACUCCGAUGCACAGGAGCGAGUGCGUAGCAUGUCGACCAAGAUCAAGGAGCUCGAAAAGGAGCGCGCAGAGCAUCUGGAUGCGCUCAACACAGGUCUCCUAGUUGAAAAGGCACAUGUCAGCAACGAAAUGCAGAGAAUGAUGGAUCGUGUCAUCGAGGAGACCGCUCAGCGCGGUAAGGCCGAGAGCGACAAGAGCAAGAUCGAAGCCGAGUUGGACGAGCUCAGUUCCAGCCUCUUCAGCGAGGCGAACAAGAUGGUCGCUGUCGAGCGCCUUUCGCGCGCCAGAGCAGAAGAGAAGAGCCGCAACAUGGAAGAGCGUCUGAAGGACACCGAAGGCAUCAUGCUCGAGCAGCAAAAGGUUCUCGCAGAUUUGCAACGCCAAGUUGAGAAACUGCAGAGUGGUUCCGCCUCGAGAAAGAACGGCGAUGAUGGUGCUUCCAUCGCAUCGAUAGACAGCGAGACUGUCAGCUUCCAUCGUCUCAAGACAUCCUCCCUGGCCAGGUCUGUUUCUCAGAGAACAGCAAUGCAGGAGCGUAGGCACAAGCCCGCCGUUGAUCUGGCCGCUGAAGCUCGCCUGAUUAUCAACAUUGUGCCCUACCAAGAAUUCCGCUCGUUCAUCGCACACCUGCGCAAAACCCGUAAGCAGCUGGCCCCUUUCUACAACUACCCACUCCCUCACCACAGCGCACGCGAAUCGCUCAACGGAACGCCCACUCCGCGCCCCGAUUCUCCCGCAGUCCAGCAACCCAACGCUUCCACAUCCGUCCCAAGUGCUGCCUCCGCCUACAGCCAGGGUUUGGGCAGUGCUGUAACCCUCAAUUCGUCUCCGUUCGCAAUUGCGGGUGUUAGCCGACAUCGCGACUACCCGACUCUGCCUGCCAAUGUCGAAACCAUGGUCUCUCUGCCGAAUCAGCUCUCGCUGCCUUUCAUCAAGCGGUCGCAAGAAGAGGAUGUCGAGCCAUGUUUGCGGCUCGACUUUGCGCCCGGUCUCAACUGGCUCAGCAGACGUCAGGCUAAUACGGCGAUUCUGGACGGCAAUCUCGUCAUCGAGCCCAUCUUUUCGGGCAGCAAGACGAUUGACGAAGAUCUCAUCCGCCGAGAAAAUGCUCAGCUCCCGCCCGCAGCUUGUGCAAUGUGUGGUAUCCCCAUCGUCAACGUUCCCCUACCAGGAGGAGUUGCUGCUACCGCUUUGUCCGCCGAGCAAGGCGGCAAAACGUCGUUGGUGCCCAGCGGCCUUGCCACGGCCACGUCGAGCUGGGCAAGCUCAGCGGCAAGCUCCCUUGGGUCCAUCACCGGAUCCAGCAGCGGCAGCAACUCUGGCACGCUUACGCCAAAGCCCUCCCGAGGUGGCUUGUUUAGCUCGUUCAGAAAGUCUUCGAGCAACAUCAAAGCGGCCACAGAGACAGAAGCUACUCCUAGCAACACCGCAGCCUCUGCUGCAACGGAUGCCGACGCGCAGGCGCUUGCGGCUGCCCAAGGACUCGUACUCACCCAUCUACCCGUACCGACGCAUAUCUUCCGCCUGAGCGAAGGUUCCCCUACUCGCUACUUGCUUUGCCCGCAUCACUGUCUCUUGCGACUGCGCGCUGCUUGUCAAUAUUGGGGAUUCAUCCGCAACCUCGAACGCUCCGUGGUUCUUGAGGGCAAGUUCAUGAACGAGGAACAACAGGCUGUGGGUGCCAACAUGUCGUCGCUUGAUUUGCCCAAGGACGUUGCAUCUACACCACCUCCCAAGAGUGAGCAGGUGGAGACACUGGAGAAAGCUGCCGCGGCCGCGGAGAGCGAACAGAGAGCUACUUCCGACGGGUCCGAGGAUGCAAAGAUGGACGACGCAAUGGAUGCAUCAGACGUAGCUGCCGCAGACAAGACAGAGGAUGAGGAGACAGAGGAAGCAAAGACGGGAGCAGGGAAGAUCAAGGAGGAGAUACAGGGAGAAACGAGCGCGAAGACUGCUGACGAGUUUGCACCAAGCGAUGCAAGCGACGCAGGCUCGGCUCAAAAGUCCGACGAGAAGGACGAGUCUGGCAGCGUCAAGGAAGGAUCAGAAGAGGACAAGAAGCCUGCUGGAGAAGAUGAUGACUUUGCCGAUGCGCCAUCGUCCCCCACUGCCGAAGCCAAGCUGGAGGAUUCUGAGGACAAGGAGGAAGAAGAAAUCGCCAAGGCGGACGAUAUGCCAGCUGACGCUGCCGAAGCGUCCUCGGAUGCGAAGGAGGAUGAGGCUGCCGUCACCGAAGCUGUCGCUGGUCCCAAAUCCGCAGAGAUGGAGAGAACGGCCACCAACCCCUCAAUUUCGGCCCCGCCUCUUCCUCCACGUUCAGUCGCUCGCGGCACAGGUACCGGCUCAGCGUCACCGGCACCGCACAUCCCUCCCCGACGCCACCAGACCUCGGUAUCUGCAGCAACACAACCGCCACCGCCGCCUCCCCGCACCCCAACUGCGGUCGCCACCGUCGCUCCUCCAGUGACAGCAAUCUACCUCGACAAGCUCGACGCCAUGGAGUGGGAAGACAAGAUGUGGACCGAAGUUACCAAGCUCAAGGAGGAGCUGUGGCGGGCAAGGAUCGGGUUGGUGACCGAAGAAGGCGCGGAUGCGUGA